AUCCGGAUAUGAUGAAAGGGAGCCACAGAGAGAGAAGUGUUUGAAGAGUGUAGGAGUGGCAGCGCGAGGGUGAAAGAGACGCACAAGUGGAUCCUAAAGUCCUUCCCGGAGGAGAGGGGCUGCCCGGAGGGAAGGGACGGAGUGCGCGGAGUCAGCGCGGGCGGCUGCCACUGUCGCUGCCACUCCCGGGGCCGGAGGGACGUGGUCAGGCUGCCAGGGCGUGAUGGGGCCGCGGCCAGAGCCUCGCUGACUACCGGUGGCGGGAGGAAGGGACCCGGAACAGCCCACGGGGGGGAUGCCAAGAGGCAGGCCGUUUCCUGCACCCAGCACCUAAGCAGCUGGGGUCCGUGCACCCCGCGGGGACGGCUCUGGCUCGGAGCGUGGCCCAUGUCCUGCGCGGGUGAAGCCCUCGCUCCCGGGCCCGCGGAGCAGCAGUGCCCGGUCGAGGCGGGCGGCGGCCGGCUGGGCUCCCCGGCCCACGAAGCAUGUAAUGAGGACAAUACGGAGAAAGAUAAAAGGCCAGCUACCAGUGGCCAUACCAGGUGUGGGCUGAUGCGGGACCAGUCCAUUUGGCCAAAUCCUUCAGCUGGUGAACUUGUCAGAACCCAACCUGAACGUCUGCCUCAACUCCAGACAUCAGCACAGGAACCCGGCAAGGAGGAAACAGGCAAGAUAAAGAAUGGCGGCCACACAAGGAUGAGCAAUGGGAAUGGAAUUCCUCACGGAGCCAAACAUGUGUCCGUGGAGAAUCACAAGAUAUCAGCCCCCGUUUCUCAGAAGAUGCACAGAAAAAUCCAGUCCAGCUUGUCUGUAAACAAUGACAUCAGUAAGAAGAGUAAAGUAAAUGCUGUCUUUUCCCCAAAAGCAGCCUCCUCACCCGAAGACUGCUGUGUCCACUGUAUCCUGGCAUGCUUGUUCUGUGAAUUCCUGACCCUCUGCAACAUUGUCCUGGGACAAGCUUCGUGUGGCAUCUGCACCUCCGAAGCCUGCUGCUGUUGCUGUGGCGAUGAGAUGGGUGAUGACUGUAGCUGCCCCUGUGACAUGGACUGCGGCAUCAUGGAUGCCUGUUGUGAAUCGUCAGACUGUCUAGAAAUCUGCAUGGAAUGCUGUGGCAUCUGUUUUCCUUCAUAAAAGAUUUAUCUCUUGUUUUUACUAAAACUGGAGACAACUUUACAAUAUUUCUUGUAGGGGAAAGAAAGGCGCAUGGUAAGACUCCCAUGAAACAACUCAGUAUUUGCACUGUUUUUUGUAGACCCAUUCCUUCUAAGUAAGCUCUGAAAUUCUUCCUUUCGCCGGAUGUAUGUGGUUUAAUAUGUGAAGUUUUGACUGUCUAAUUGGUUUUUUGAAACUUCUUCAUAGAUGACAAUAAUUGGAAGACAUUUUGACACACACAGCCUAAAAUGUUAAAUGUCUUCUUUCUCUUGACAUGUCUGUUUUCGCUAACCAUUCUGAGCAGCUCUUUGCUCUAAACACAACAUUGCUCAGUAUGUAUUUAAGCCAGAUCACUUUGAUGUUUAUCUAUUGGAGGUUAAAAGCAAACUUUUUUUUAAUUCUAAGUAAGCACAAACAUUGGGCAGAGCCGUAAACAGAUGUGGGACUCUCCGUGUUGGUCUCCUCUGGGCUUUUCAGCUCUCUUGUUCUGCCAGAGUGCUCUGAAGAAGAUCACAUUGCUCUCAUCCAGAGCGGCAGGAAGUGUAAUGGAAGCAAGCAGGAUGGGAGCUGUAAAGGAUGAACCAGGUUUCAAAGCAUGCUGGCUUCAAGACUGUAAAGGCAAGAGGCCAUAGGAACAUACAGAAGUGAAUAACAGGUUACAGAAGAAGGCCUGGAGGAAGAUAUGGCACUGUGGAUGCUCUAGGACCAGCUACUUGAAUUUAAGGAAAUGUUGAAGGUACACAGCCUAGACUGUCAGUGCUUUGGACAAGUGAAAAGGAUUUGCCUUGUAUAUCGCAGCAACACAGCUUUCUUAGAACUGUAAAAUCUCAACUAAUGCAAAUACGCACUUUCCUACAUGUAAUUUAAGUGUUAUAAAUUUUAAUGAAAACAUAAUACCUUGUUAACAUAACUAUAUUUUACCAAAAAAUGUAGAACACUUUUUAACAACGUUCAUUUAAAUGAGCUGGUUUUUUUUCCUUUUUUUUAAGAUUAAAAAAAUCCCAGUAUUCCUUGGGGUUUUUCCAAAGCUGCCUUAUAUUUGGAAAGACUCGGUUCUUUAUCAUGCAGGGGUGGGGGGGGGCGGGGUUCUAUUUAUUUUCAUUGGCUUGUAGUCCUAGCCAUGUUGUCUUUCAUAAGGAGGUGAGUUUUGGAUCCACUACAGGAGGACUUCCGACGUCCAACACCAUCCACCAGGUAUCAGGAUUCCAACUGUGUGUGAAAUUAUGCCAAGUGACAGGUUAUAAAGAUACUAAAGUACGAAGAAGAGGGGCUGCAAUGAGACUAAUUCUACAGUGAUGGAGUCAGCUCAUGUGGAGGGGAGAGUUUGGAUUCACACACACCCUCCCGUGGGCGUUUUCCCUUUCUCUCCAGAUUUUAAAAUUUGGUUAUAUUGACUGAUUCCUUGUAGGCUCUUGAGAGUAUGUUGUUGUUAGUGGUUCUUUCUAGUUCCAGAUGAAUAUUAGAUUGUUAGAAAUAAUGCAAUCUUAAGAAGCCAUUAGCCAGCCUAGGCCUUUAGGAGACUUAAACUUUUUUUCUUUUUCAUGAAGAAUGGCGACAUCACCAGUGUCUUUCCUUUGAAAGUUAGCUUAGCUUAUAAUUAAAUUAUUAUUUUAAAUAUUCUUUGAAAAAGAAAAGCUAAUCCGUCUCCUUUCUAGUGCAAUUUCCACGUGCAUACACUUUAAAUACGAUGCUAAUGUACAGCUGCCUUCCUCCUCGUCUUUGAAACAGAAGCUUUGAUUCGCUGCGUCAAAUAUAAUGGCAACCUUAGUAUUUCCACAUACCCAAUGCUAGUGUGUGCUUAUAUCAUAGGAUGAAGAAGUGCCAUCUGUUUAUGGAUAAGCCUCCUAAUGAUUGUUAAAAUAUUUGCCUCAUUAUCCUGUAAAACUGUUUAACCAAGAGGCUUGUCUGAUGCUUGAAUAUAUCUUGCUAUGAUUUGCAAUGAAAAUGUUAGUGCAUUCGACAUGUUUUUCUGUAAUAGAGAGCAUUAGUGAACACCAGAAUUUAAUUUCCAUACUUGUACAGGUAGGACUAUUCUUCAGCUCUCUACUCCAGGCAAGCCAUUCCUUAAGGCAUCUUGUAUAAUUCAAAAGAAAAAUAGGCAAAUGUGAAAACAGUUUUAGCAUAUUUUAGAAUUUUGGCAUGUAAAGUGUUUUGUUGAACCUUAUGGCCGUCAAGACUAAUUGCUAUAGUUUACACCUAGAUAUUCCAUCUCUUUUUAAACGUGGCAUAUUUUCAAACUGGAUCCUGACUAUUUUAAAAUUAAAAAGAAUUAUGAUGACUGAC